ACAUGGACCGGAUAGGAGUGUCAUUCCUGGACCCGCUGGAUGACUACGAGCUCAUCCACAGGAUUGGGUGCGGCACCUACGGAGAUGUUUUCAAGG